CACUAAUUUGGAUCCCAGCAAUGCUGUGGGAAGAUAGUUGGAUUUUUCUUGUUUUUUCCUGACCUUGCUGCUUUGCUCUAGCUGCCAUGAAGAAAAUUGUGUUGAAAGUCAACAUCCACUGCCAGAAGUGCAAGAGGGAUGUGCUCAAAGCUGUCACCAAGCUUACUGGAAUAAACCAGGUGACUGUGGAUGGUGAGAAGGGGACAUUAACGGUUGUUGGGGAUGUUGACCCAGUGCUACUCACUGAAACAGUGAGGAAAAGUGGAAAGGUUGCAGAGAUUAUGAGUGUUGGACCUCCAAAGCCUCCUGAAACCAAGUCUUCUGUAAAGAAGCCACUCCCUCCAUGGUGUUAUGACUGCCAGCUUGUUCCAGUCAGCUACGUUCCCUAUGACAGCGGACCAUGCUCCAUCCUCUAAAUUGAUUCCUCCUCCUUUCUCAUCUGCUAUGGUUACCUAUCAGAUUUGUCCCCCCAUGUAUAUAUUCAUGUAGAAACAAGCAAGAUGAGGGUUGAAUUGUUUGAGUGAAAAGUUUGUAAAUAAUUCAUAAAUCUAACUAGGGGCGGCAGUGAUGGGACCGUUGUGGAAAGUCUACUUAAUAAUAAAGGGUAAGUGUUAACUGGAUCA